CCUACUUUCAUCAUCUUCAAACCAAUCCACACAACCAUCCUCAACAGCUUCACCUUCUUCUAUUACUACUCAUCAAAGCGUUUUCCACAUAUAUUACAAACAAAUCAUCUCUACCUCAACACUCUUGCACUCAAACAGCUCCCUAAUUUGUUCAUCUUUGUUCUUCAUUAAUGGCUGAUGAAAUUGAGGUUCCUCCAUAUUUCCUCUGCCCCAUUGCUCUAGAUAUCAUGAAGGAUCCGGUAACAAUCUCAACCGGCAUAUCCUACGACAGGGACAGCAUCGAAAAAUGGAUCUUUUCUCAGAAAAACAACACAUGUCCGGUCACGAAGCAGGUUCUUUACGACACAGAGCUAACCCCAAACAUCACCCUCCGGCGGCUGAUCCAAUCCUGGUGCACCCUCCACGCCGCCCAUGGCAUCCAAAGGCUGCCGACCCCGAAAGCCCCCGUCAGCAAACCCCAGCUCUUGAAGCUUCUCAACGACGCCAAGACUCCACAAAUGCAAUUUGAGUGCUUAAAAAGACUCAGAUCAAUAGCUUCGCAGAACCAAACGAAUAGAAGAUGCAUGGAAACAGCUGGAACUGCCGAGUUCUUGGCCUCAUUGGUUGUCCAGAAAACCCUCCAGGCAUCUCGAGAUAUUAAGAAAAGCCUGUGAAGAGGCUUUGAGCAUUCUUUACGGUCUCCAAUUAUCAGAAUCAAGCCUGAAAUCCCUCACAAACAACGAAUUUGUCGAGUCCUUAACUAGGAUAAUGCAAUCCGGGAGCUACGAGUCACGGGCUUAUGCAGUCAUGCUACUGAAGUCAAUGCUGGAAGCAGCUGAUCCAGCUCAAGUACUCAUCAAGUUGCAGCCCCAGUUCUUCGUCGGAUUAGCCCAAAUCUUGAAUGAUCAAAUCUGUCAAAAGGCCUCAAAAGCAACACUGAAAGUACUAAUCAGUGUUUGCCCCUGGGCGAGGAACAGGAUCAAAGCAGUGGAAGCUGGAGCAGUACCCGUAUUGAUAGAUCUUUUACUCGAGUCGUCUGACAAAAGGGCAUGCGAAAUGACGCUAACGGUGUUGGAUUUGCUGUGCCAGUGUGCGGAAGGGAGAGCCGAGCUGCUGAAGCACGGCGCUGGACUGGCCAUUGUUUCAAAGAAGAUACUUAGGGUUUCUCAAGUUGCAAGCGAAAGGGCUGUCAGGAUUCUGCAUUCGGUUUCCAAAUUCUCGGCAACUCCUGGAGUUCUGCAGGAAAUGUUGCAGAUUGGAGUUGUUGCAAAAUUGGGUUUGGUGCUUCAAGUCGAUUGUGGAUCCAGGACGAAGGAGAGAGCCAGGGAAAUGCUUAAAUCCUAUGCAAGAGCGUGGAGGAGUUCUCCAUGCUUACCUAACAGUUUGAUUUCUUCAUAUCCAGCUUGAGAUGGAAUUCAUGGGGAAUCAAGUGAUGACGAUAGAAACUAAGUUGUAAAAAUUACAUUUAGUUCUUAGAGAAAUUAGCAAACGGGGCAAAAAAGUGCCCACAUAGAAAAAAGAAAGAAGAACAUGAUUUUUGUUGAAACUUUCAUAAAUUUGAAUUUUGCAUAUAUACAAAGAUUGAUGCUCACAUCUUCUUCUA